CGCUUUCGGUAUACCAUAUAGGCGUUGUUACUUGUUUAUUGCAACACUGGAUUCCGUCGCGGGAUGUCCUUUAUGACCUUCCGCAGGGCACAUGAUGUAGGCCUUAAAAUGGUUUACUUGUAUAUCAUCUAAACAUAGGGAUUAGCUUAGCGCUGGCCCCGCUUGGGGCUAACUCAGGGCGAAUAGCCAAGUAGAAUGUCUCAGGACACCCUGGUUUGCCCUUUUGCAUCUACCGGGACUACCAAGUGGUGCAUCUGGCAAGUAUUAAAGGAGCAUCCUCGGGGACUUCCGCUCGGCGCCCUGGUAGAGCUAGUCGUUAAGCUCAAGACUUUUACCUUUAAGAACCCCACUGGAGCGAUAUCCGGAGAGCUUUCCCGGGAUAAGGAACACUUCUGUAAAGCCGGCGGGGGUAGAUGGGCUUUAUCCGCAUACGGGCCAUUUGAGGGCGUGGGCACUGGCGGUGGCGGCGGCCGGGCUUCCGCAGCAGCAACAGCAGCGGACACUGCUGCCGAACCCAGCCCACCGGAAGCGGAUGCCGGGCCGGUAGCCAAAGCGCCCGAGCUGGCUGCAGGUGACAGUGACGACGACGUGCCGAUAGGGGCCGCUGCCGCCGCGGCAGCCGCUGCUGCAGCUUCCGCGCCUGCGGCUGCUGAUGCGGCUGCUCCUGCGAGUGCCGCCGCCGUACCAACAGGGCCGACCGGCAGGCCACAGAGGCGAGCUGCCGCAGCAGCAGCCGCAAAGCGCGCUCAGAGCGCCUCACCAGGGUCCGAUGACGAUGUCCCUAUCACGGCCCUAUCGACCAAACCCACAUUGGAGGCAGCGCCCGCCACUGCCAACGGCGUGCCUCCGCCAAAGCGGCAGCGCACGUCCGCCGCCGCCGCCGCGGCGGCGGCGGCAACGGACGCAACUGCAACGGAGGCCCCAACGGGCGACGACGAACCUGCUGGCGAGGGCGGGGAUGCUGAGGAUAUGGAUGCAGCAGCAGCAGGGAUAGAGCCACUGCCGCUACCCCCACCUGCGCCGACGUCUGGUCGAGGGCGUGGGAGGGGCCGCGGCCGCGGAAGGGG